AUCUCACCAAGGUAUAACGAUGGUAGAAUUGUGGGCGGAACCGACGCUAAAUCCGACCAGGCUCCAUUUCAAGUAUCGAUAGUCAGCAAUGGUUGGUUUGAAUUACAGCACAUUUGCGGGGGUGCGCUGGCCGGUCGUCGGUCAGUAGUGACGGCCGCCCAUUGCUGUGGCGAUUCGUACACCGAUUUGGACAACAAUUCGCAUGAAUUCCGGCCCCAAAGACAGUUAAGGCUUAUAUUGGGUUACAACUCAUGGCAAUGGCUAUUCCUAAUACUGGCCACAAUCGAGGUGUCGGCCAUCACUACAUUCACUGUCUUCGAGAUGGACUUCCAGCAAAUGAAGAAUCAAUCGAUGGACACCUCGUUUAUUAUAAACCUCAUUGUUCUUGUCAUUAACGGAUUUUCACUGCUAUUUCUAUUUCAUGGUGUGUUUUGGGACAAACAACACGACAUUUCGCUAUUUCUGGUCACAAUGUCUUUGAAUACGGUUUACAUCGCGAUUGAGUUUGCGUUCACUAGUGACUACAACUCUGCACAUAAACUGACCCGGCUGAGUAUCGCCGUAUGCUUUACAUCAGUGAUGAUAAUAUUGUCGCGAUUUGUCAUCUAUUUCUCCCGCGAGUACUCCAUCAUUGGUGUGGCCCCGGCUUUGAUCAACAUGUAUAAGAAUCAGUGCUGUUUCCAGAUAUUGUUAAAACUCGAUUUUCUCAACUCGGUAAGAUUUCUAUUUUAC